CCCGCCCUUUCCUCUCUUCGUGUAUAGCGUGCGUUGAGUGUUCUGGUAGCUUCGCGGAGUUGAUACAGGUCAAGCCUUAGAACUUCAACCGACACCUGGAGAGAAGCUGUGCAGCUCUUCAAAUAACCGUGCUCGUCAUUUACCAGUCGGUCUCCGCUACUUUACCGUAUCUCCACCAUGGCUAGCUACCAUAAACCCGACGAGAAGACGCUGCAGGGCCUGAAAGACAUCGCUAACAAGUUGCGGAUCAACUCGGUCAAGGCGACGUGCGCCUCCAACUCCGGUCACCCCACCACCUGUUGCAGUGCAGCAGAGCUCAUGUCAGUGCUCUUCUUCCAUACGAUGCGUUACAAAGCCACUGACCCACGCAACCAGUGCAACGACCGCUUCGUACUUUCCAAGGGUCAUGCUGCACCAAUCUUGUACGCUGCCUGGGCAGAGGCGGGCUUUGUGAAGGAGGCUGAUCUGAUUAACCUGAGGAAGAUAGACUCUGACCUGGAGGGUCACCCCACACCCAAACUGGAGUUUGUUGACGUGGCAACGGGGUCUCUGGGACAGGGUCUGGGGGCCGCCUGUGGGAUGGCUUACACCGGGAAACACUUCGACAAGUCCAGUUACCGUGUGUACUGUAUGCUGGGUGAUGGGGAGUGUUCGGAGGGGGCUGUCUGGGAAGCCAUGGCGUUUGGUUCCUACUACGACCUGGAUAACCUGGUGGCUAUUAUAGACGCUAACCGCCUGGGACAGAGUGAAGCUGCUCCUCUCAAACACGACAUGGACGUGUACCGCAGACGCUGCGAAGCAUUCGGGUGGAACACGUAUGUGGUGGAUGGUCAUGACGUUGAGGAGCUGUGUAAAGCUCUGUGGCAGGCCCAGCAGGUGAAGGGAAAACCCACUAUGAUCAUAGCCAAGACCUUCAAGGGCAGAGGACUCAAAGGCAUAGAGAACAUGGAUAACUGGCACGGCAAGCCCAUGCCGAAGGACCGGGCCGAGGAGGCGAUUAAAGACUUGGAGGCUCAGAUUCAGAACCCCAACAAGACCAUCUGCCCCGAGCUACCUAACGAAGACACCGCCCCCGCUGACCUCUCACCUAUCACCCUGCCCAGCCCUCCCAAUUACAAGAUCGGAGACAAGGUGGCUACUCGUAAGGCGUAUGGUGUGGCCCUGGCUAAACUGGGUCAGUCCAGUCCGAGGGUGGUGGCUCUGGACGCUGACAUGAAGAACUCGACCUUCUCUGAGAUGUUCCACAAGGCCUACCCUGAACGCUUCAUCGAGUGCUUCAUCGCUGAACAGAACAUGGUGAGCGUGGCGAUCGGCUGUGCCACACGGGACCGCACGGUGGCGUUCGCCAGCACCUUCGCUGCCUUCCUGUCCCGGGCCUACGACCAUAUCAGAAUGGCUGCAGUCUCCGAGUCUAACAUCAACCUGGCUGGGUCACACUGUGGAGUCUCCAUCGGUGAGGAUGGCCCCUCCCAGAUGGCAUUGGAGGACAUUGCCAUGUUUCGCGCUAUCCCAACAUGCACUGUGUUCUACCCCAGUGACGGCGUCUCCACUGAGAGGUCUGUGGAGCUGGCUGCCAACACCAAGGGUAUCUGUUUUAUCCGACUCACCAGACCAGAACUGAAGGUCGUCUACGACCCCAAAGAGAAGUUUGAGGUGGGCGUGGCCAAGGUGUUGCGUCAGUCCGACAGUGACAAGGUGACUGUGAUCGGAGCUGGAGUGACUCUGCAUGAAGCCCUGACUGCUGCUGACCAACUGGCCAGCGAGGGAGUGAACAUCCGUGUGAUUGACCCGUUCACCAUCAAGCCCCUGGAUGCCGCCACCAUCGUAUCGAGCGCCCGCGCCACCGGAGGGAGAAUCAUCACCGUAGAGGACCACUACAGAGAGGGUGGUCUGGGGGAGGCGGUGCUGUCCGCGGUGGGGGAGGAGCCUGGUAUCAUGGUGACGCGCCUGGCGGUGAACCGCAUACCCCGGAGUGGAAAACCUCAGGAGCUCCUGGACCUGUACGGCAUCAGCGCCAAACACAUCGCCAACGCCGUGCGCCAGACCUUCGCUAACUGAGACAGCCUAUGGACCCUGGUCUAAAGUAGUGCACUAUGUAGGGAAUAGGGUGAUUUCUUUUGGACGUACAACUCUUCUCUGCUCUCAAACCACUUAUCCCCCCCCCUCUGACGCCUCCACACCUUUACCAGCUCCACCUCUUUCUCUGCAGUCUGAGGGGUGGAACAACGUACACCUCUUUUCUGAAGCUUUCACCACCCUACCUUCUCCCCUUUAUAGCUGCCCCCCCCCCCCACCUCCACCACCAUCCAUCACGAGUGUUAACCCAAGCAGCGCUCUCUAGCAUCCCAUCUAUCACGAGUGUUAACCCAAGCAGCGCUCUCUAGCAUCCCAUCCAUCACUAGUGUUAACCCAAGCAGCGCUCUCUAGCAUCCCAUCUAUCACGAGUGUUAACCCAAGCAGCGCUCUCUAGCAUCCCAUCUAUCACUAGUGUUAACCCAAGCAGCGCUCUCUAGCAUCCCAUCUAUCACGAGUGUUAACCCAAGCAGCGCUCUCUAGCAUCCCAUCUAUCACGAGUGUUAACCCAAGCAGCGCUCUCUAGCAUCCCAUCUAUCACGAGUGUUAACCCAAGCAGCGCUCUCUAGCAUCCCAUCUAUCACUAGUGUUAACCCAAGCAGCGCUCUCUAGCAUCCCAUCUAUCACCAGAGAGAAGGGGGGGGGCUUCAGUGAGUGUGUUGAGUAGAGUCUUAACCAUACCUGAAGGGUAAUAUGCAUUGUAGUGUUUAAUCUACCCAUGAAUCCUAAUGUAGCCUCAUUCUACUGAACCCUGUAAAGGUCCUCUGGUUGAGUUAUUUUUCCUGCUAAACUGCAAUCCUCCUUUUGUUAACUGAUGUAAUUGAAUGGUUAGUUGCCAACUAAAGCAGCUCUGUAGGUGUGUCCUCUAUGGCACCCUAGUCCCUUUAAAGUGCACUACUUCUGACCAGAGCCCCAUGGGACACUAUAUAGGGGCCAUUUGGGACGAACCCUAAGUGUAGCGAGGUUGUUUGAACUUGUCGACGUUUACUCUCCGUCCAGAUGAUAUUGACUGUUUAACCUUUUAAGUCUGUUGAUCAGUUUCAAAGGAAGAUGGGUGUGUAUUUUUGACAGAUUUCUUUGUACCUGUAUCACUCUUCAUUCCAGCUGUUUACAUCUCUAAUCCUGUUCUAAUCGUUCCAAAUCACCUGCUUGAUCAUUCUGUCUCACUCGGUUUCUCUAUAGCACUGUUACAGGCACACCGCCAUCUUGGUUCCUCUGUGAGCCGGAAUGGCGUCUAACCACUGCUUGUUGCUGGUCACUGAAACUGAUGCAGGAAAUUCACAUUUGAUGGACCAGAGUUGUAAUGACUCACAAAAAGAGCUAAACAUCAACUGCUAUAUAGAUAUAUAAAUUAAUGACUGUUCUCCUGGGCUGGGUGUUGGUGAUGUUCUGGCCUGUUGGUACCUGACUGUAUCUCCUCAACGUGUUACUGAUGCUCCCAGGCGCUCUGUCAACUAAUGGUUGGUUUGCAUCGCUGAAAUAAAAACUUGACCCAA